AAGACAGAAAAUCAAGUCAAGAGUUUUACACCAAACACAGCUUCACUUACUCCCAAGAUGAGCAACCAGGAGGUGACUUACACAACGGUGAGAUUUCUUCAGUCUCCUUUAGAGUUACAGAACAGAGUAAGGUCCGGUGAUACUGAAGAGCCCAGAGAAGCUGACCACAAAGGAAAACGCCUUGAAGGACAUUGGUUCUGUUUUGGCACAAAAUGUUAUUAUUUUAUCAUGGACAGUAAAACAUGGAAUGGAUGUACGCAGACUUGCUGCAAAUGCAGUUUAUCCCUUUUGAAAAUCGAUGACCGUGAUGAACGGGACUUCCUAUGGUCCCAGGUUAAUGGAACCAGUUACUGGAUUGGAUUAUCAUAUGAUAAACAGGAGAAGAAAUGGAACUGGACUGACAGUGGCUCAUCUAACCUCGAUUUACCAGCAUUGAAUUUACAAGGUCGGGAUGGAAAGUGUGCAUUUUUUACUUCAACAAGAAUAGACAACAGUGACUGUGGUAAAACCUACCCAUGCAUCUGUGAAAAGAGAAUGGACACGUUAUCUGAUUCAGUGUGCAACAAGAAGGAAAGGUAUAUGCAGGUGGCUGCAGAGGACCAGUAGAGGAACUCAGAUCUCCUGGAGCUGGAGUUACAGGCAAAUGUGAGCCACCCACCAUGGGUGUGAGAACUGAACUCA